AUCAAUUUUCUUAUAAAUUAGAGUUCGCACUGAAAUAUAAUCAAAAUACGAUAAACAUGCAGUCAUACUUCCUAAUUGUUUUCGCGUUCUUCUACAUCGCUACCGGUCUUUCUGUACCGGAGGAGAUUGAAAAUCAGUUUCAACUUGGACCGGAAGAUAUACGGCUUUUGAACAGCAACUUGUAUGUCUUGGAUGAUGAUCAUAAUUUAGUGUCCCUUACAACGGACCUGCUUAACGCGGAAGUAAAUACAGAGUCGGAAAGAGAUACUAUGAUGGAUUUGCAUAAUCGCGUUUACUUCUAUCUUUACACUACGAAUAAUCGUAUAUAUCCUGAUGCAAUUUCCAUUAACGAUUUGGAAUCACUGAAGAAAAGUAACUUUAACUUCAACAGACCAACUCGUAUAAUUACUCACGGAUGGAUGAAUUCUCAUAAUAGCGAUUCAUGCAUAUUAAUUCGCGAUGCAUAUUUGAAUCAAGGUGAUUACAACAUUAUUGUAAUCGAUUGGAGUAAGAUCUCUAUCAACUCCUAUCUCUGGACUUCUAGACGUGUGAAGAUGAUCGGCCAAUAUGUCAGCACCAUGUUAAACUUCCUCGAAAAAGAAGGUAUGGAUUUAUCAACGACUACAAUGGUUGGUCACUCUCUCGGAGCUCACGUUGUUGGUUUGGCUGCUCGUUAUGCAAAGGGCACCGUUAAUUAUGUCAUUGGUUUGGAUCCGGCAUUACCAGGUUUUAAUGGAGCUAAAAUAGGCUCGCGUAUUUCACAAGGUGACGCUAAUUACGUCGAGAUCAUUCACACGAACGGUGGUAUCCUCGGUUAUUUAAAUUCUAUUGGUGACGUAGAUUUCUAUCCAAACGGAGGUAUAAGACAAGCAGGCUGUAUAAUUGACGUUGGUGGUGCUUGUUCGCAUUUACGGGCCUAUCAAUUUUUUGCCGAAUCAAUCAACAGCAAAGUAGGAUUCCAUGCGAAGAAAUGCAAUAGUUACUGGCGUUACAAACUUGGACUUUGCAAUAAAAAAUUAUCGUUGAUCAUGGGAGGACGUAAGAAACACUUCACGGUAAAAGGCGUAUUCUAUCUUGAUACUAAUGCGUUUUCACCCUUCGCUAGGGGUUAAUUAAAUAAUUCACUUGAUAUGUGAAGUUAUAGUUUAUUACUUGAUUGAGAAUUGUUGCGUCGAUUCUUGAAUAAUAAGAUAAUUUAAUCGAUCAGGACAAAUGAGAAAGGACGGUUCGAGAUUGAACGAAAAGAAUUAAUUAUUUUGAAAAAUGACUAUUUUAGUCUGCAAAAUAUUUGCUUCUAUAUUAGAAGUGAUUAGAAUUGAUUAGUAUACUAUUUUGAAGUGAUUAGAAAGAAUCACAAAUAAGAGAAAUAGAAGAUACAUCAAUAUAUAAAAGAUAUCUAAAGAAAGUUUCGUUGAAACAGUUGAUAAGAAAGUUUUUUUUUAUAAAAUAAUUCGAUAUGUUUUGUUUCGGUAGCUUUUCAACAAUCUACAUUAUAUUUUUGUCAAUGAUAACGAUCCAGAUCCUAUUAUCGCAUUAUUGUGUCACCUUCUUUAUGAGAGAUAUUCACAUUAUUUGUUGUUUUCUACAUUUAUAUUAGCGGAAUUGAAGAUUUCUUAACUUAACUUAAUCAAGCAAUCGAAAGAAUGCAAUUUCAAUAAGAAUUUUGCGAUUUCAUAUGCGUUUCUGUUAUUGGACGAGAUAAAAAUCUUUCUCUUCUUUAUUUGUCAAAUAAAACAUACGUCAAAUAGAAUUAUCAAUCGAAGUUUUAUAUGAAUUCCACAGUAAUAUUUGUUUCUUCUAUAUUUUUUGACCUACUUAAACCAAUGAUUAUGAAAGAUUCUUCACUUCACGUUACGAUCUGUGACGAUAUAAACUGAUAAGAUUUGUAUUUUGUAUAUACCGGAGCACCCUUGUACAAAUAAAAUUCAUAUUAAAAAAA